AUGAGCGCAGCCUUGCAGAUGACGGCGUUUGGUCUUGCUCUUCUCUCAACCGUCUUCCUGCUCCUUGCCACAUGCACUGACUGCUGGAUGGUGAACGCUGAUGACAGCUUGGAGGUGAGCAGAGAAACCAUCUUCAAGGUUAGCAGCUGGAAUCAAGGUGGGCGCCUUGACAUCCGUGGGGUAAGUCACAAAUGCCGGGGGCUUUGGAGGGAGUGUGUCACCAACAUGCAGGAUGGGGUCAGGACCUGUGACCAGUAUGACUCCAUUUUGGCAGACCAUCCAGUGAAGAUCGUGGUGACGCGGACCCUGCUGAUCACAGCGGACCUUCUGGCCGGCCUGGCUUUGGCUACAUUGCUCCUUGGGCUUGACUGCAUCAAGUUCCUCAAGGAAGAUCCUCGUGUCAAACUGAAGAUGUGCUACGGGGCCGGUGUCAUCCUCAGCAUCGGGAGCAUCCUGGGUCUUGUGGGCUCCGUGUGGUAUGCAGUGGAUGUCUACGUGGAGAGGGCCACGCUGGUGUCGCACAAUAUAUUCCUGGGAGUCCACUAUGACUUCGGGUGGUCGUGCUGGCUGGGGAUGGCUGGCUCGACGGGCUGCUUCGCGGCAUCCGUCCUGCUGACCUGCUGCCUCUAUGCCUGCGCAGACCCCAGCACCCGCCGGCAACCCCAGAGGUCUCCCCAGCCCCGGGGCCAAACGGCCACCAGCAAGAUGUACGCCAUGGACUCCCGCGUGUGA